GAAUUUCCGGCCCGGCGGAGCUGCGGCCGUUCCGGGGCGGUGCGGGAUGGCGGCGGUGCGGCGCGGGGCGGCCGCUCUCGUGACCCGGCUGAGGGCUGCGCUCUCCCCCCGCAUCGCGUUUCCGUACCGCGUGGAGCUGAAGGAAGGAAAGAAAUACGCGUGGUGCUCGUGCGGGCACAGCCGGGCGCAGCCGUUCUGCGACGGCACGCACCGCACCUUGGCUCCGGACAGCGUCCCGCUGCGUUUCACGGCGGAGGCGGAUGGCAAAGUGUGGCUGUGCGGAUGCAAACGGACCCGCAGCCCCCCCCGGUGCGACGGCAGCCACCUGCGGCUGUGGGAGGCGGGGAGCGGAACCCGGCGCUGAGCUCCGUUGUUGGGUCUCUUCCUCAUCCUCGUCACCGCACCCGGCGGGGCAACCCGUAGGGAUGCGGCCCCCUGUGGUUUUGUGUGGCUGCCGGGGGGUGCGUGGCACUGAGCAGCGUUUAUUGCACGUCCCGAGCUGGGGCGUAAUGCAAAUGUUUGCCCGAUGAUUGUAUGGGAUGAUGCAAAUAUAUUAUGGGAUGUGA